AUGAACACACUUCUUCUGACUCUUUUCCUUGCAAGCCUGCAGCUCUACAACAACGCAGUCGCUUCAGCUGCAGGUUUUAAAUGUCAUAACUCGCUAAUUUCUGACCAAUGGCGUAGUGUAAUCCUGGAUCUUAUCAAUGGUUUUCGUCGAACAGUAGCAAAAGGAGAGCAAGAAGGUAAAGACGGCGUGACACUGCCAACGGCAGUGAGUAUGAAUCAAUUGGAAUGGGAUUGCAAUAUAGAAGCAGAAGCACAAGAUGCUGCUAAGACUUGCCCCGAUACGAUCUCACCUCUACCCGCGUUCCAAACCAAGGGUUAUACUCUCGGCCAUAUAAUUCUAAAGGGCACAAUUAAGGCUAACAACUGUGACGCUACCAAAACAGCAAAAGAUUUGCUGACUGAACUAUGGGCCACCGCUGCUGCAAAACAGACGAAUCAGGCAGCGGAAAGGAGCAAUAAUGAGUUCGCUCAGCUCGCCCACAACAAAGUGAGUGCAUUCGCAUGCACAUACCAAAUUUGCCAAGCGACAAGCUACUACCUCCUAUGUUUCUUCAACCAGAAAGCACCCACCAAUGGCGAUGUCUAUACGGCAGAUGCGAAGGGUAAAUACUGCAGUGAUGAGGCCGCCUGCCCCACUUGCGUAGAUGGACUUUGCGAAAGAACUCCUGAACCAGCACUUUUCAAGAGCACAUUUUGCGGUACCGGUAACAGUGCCUGUACAGGUAAGUUUUCGGACAACUUUAGACGUACUGCACUGGAAAUGCACAACUACUACAGACGCCUCCUUGCUACAGGAUGGACGAAGUCUGGUGAAAGCUAUGCAAAACCAGCAACAAAAAUGAUUGAAUUGCAAUAUGACAAGACUCUCGAAGACGCUGCUAUAAAGGAGAUUAAAGACUGCAAAGCUAAUCUAAACAAUGCAGUCGAAAAAAACUUCUGGAGCUUGGAUGUCACCACAUCCAAGAAUAUUGGUGAGGACGCCAUUAAAAAGGCAGUGGCAAAAUGGUGGAAGUCUUCUGGAAAAGAAGCUUUUGGAGGCAACCGCAAAAAUACCAAAGGUCUCAUGUCUGCGGCAAAUAUAGCAUUCGACGGAGCCACUAAGGUCGGCUGUGCUAUAGAUGCUGGAGCAGCAUGCCUGAAACUCGGAAAGCUAUAUAUUCUGUGCAAAUAUGACAAGUCACCUGCUAUAGGUGAAGAGAUCUACGAAGCUGGAAAUAAGGCGUGUUCGAAGUGCGCAAGUACCGAUUUCAAUUGCCAAAAUUCAUUGAUUUCUGAGAGCUGGAGGGAGGUAGUUUUGAAAACCAUCAAUGAUUUGCGGCGAACAGUAUCGAAAGGAGAACAAAAAGGUCAAGGAAAUGCGGAUUUGCCGAAAGCUAAGGAAAUGAACGAACUGAAUUGGGAUUGCAAUAUAGAAGCAGCAGCUCAGACCGCUGCUGCGGAGUGUCCUGCUAAUCCUCAACUACCCACAUACACUGCUGCAGGAGCUGCCACCUAUAAAAUCGGAUCUCUGAAAGCAACAGCUACUGUGAAAGCCAGUUGCGAUGCCACAUCAACAACAAAAGAUCUUCUGAAUACAGCGUGGAAAGCUGCAGUUGAGAAGCAGGCAGAUGAGAAGGCAGUUGCAGACAACACAGCGUUCAGUCUGAUUGCUCGCGACAAAGCUGAUGCAUUCGCAUGCACAUAUCAAGUCUGCAAGUCAGAAUUCUACUUGCUCUGUUUCUUCAACCAAGAAGCUCCAGCACCAGGUGCUGACGUGUACACCAAAGAAGCUGCUGACUACUGCACUGGGCAGAACUGCAAAUGUGUGAACGCACUUUGUCAAACAACUUUACAGCCAGCAAUUUUCACAAGCACAAUCUGUAGUACGUGCGAUGGAGAGUUCUCAGACAAUGUUAGGCUUACUGCAUUAGACAAGCACAACUACUACAGGCGUCUUCUCGCUACAGGAUGGGCGAAAUAUGGCACAAACUAUGCGAAACCAGCUACAAAAAUGAUUGAAUUGCAAUACGAAAAGACGCUUGAGGAUGACGCGAAACAAAAAAUUGCAAACUGCCCCGACGGAUUAGCUGCUGCAGAUCAAGAAAACCUUUGGAUGAAAGAUGGCACCGGAUUCGACACACCAUUUGAAGACGCUAUGAAAAUGGCUGUGGAUGAAUGGUGGGCACCUUUUGAGAGCACAGGCUUCGGAGACGACCUCAAGAACACAGCAGCCCUCAAGACCGCCGCGUACAUAUCAUAUGAUGAAGCCACCAAGAUUGGUUGUGCUGUGGAGUCCUGUGUGAAAAAAGGUCGCCUAUAUAUCCUCUGCAAAUAUGACUCGGCACCAGCUAUAAAUGUUGUUAUCUACGCAUCUGGCAAUACCUGUUCAAAAUGCAGUGCUACCGCGAGCACUAAGUGUUCUACACUCGACGGAUUGUGCGUGGCGUGA